UACCUACCAUACAGCGCACCCGGAAGCGUUGUAGGGUUUUGGUCCGGCGUGACUUUGAACGGUCUGACAUCCAGAGCAGGGGGCUGCGAUCGAGGAACGACCACCGAGCCUCACACCGUCAUCAUGAGGGUCCUCACAGCCGGACUCAGCCUGGGGAGGAGACACCUUCUGGCACCAGGAACCGUCACUCUCAAGAACGUCCUAAUAAACAGUUGUCGAAGCUGCUCCUCUGGCUUCGUUCCGAACGAGAGGAUCCGAAACAUCGGGAUCUCUGCUCACAUCGACUCGGGCAAGACCACUCUUACGGAGCGUGUCCUGUACUACACCGGCAGGAUAGCGGAGAUCCAUGAGGUGAAGGGGAAGGAUGGCGUCGGGGCGACCAUGGACUCCAUGGAGCUGGAGCGACAGAGAGGCAUCACCAUCCAGUCGGCCGCGACCUACACCAUGUGGAAGGACCACAACAUCAACAUCAUCGACACACCAGGCCACGUGGACUUCACCAUUGAGGUGGAGCGCGCCCUGCGCGUGCUGGACGGGGCGGUGCUGGUGCUGUGUGCGGUGGGCGGGGUCCAGUGCCAGACGAUGACGGUGAACCGGCAGAUGAAGCGCUACAACGUGCCCUUCCUCACCUUCAUCAACAAGCUGGACCGCAUGGGGGCCAACCCCUACCGGGCCCUGCAGCAGAUGAGAAACAAACUCCAGCACAACGCAGCCUUCCUGAACAUCCCCAUGGGCCUGGAGGGAAACAUCAAGGGCAUCAUCGACCUGGUCGAGGAGCGCAGCAUGUACUUUGAAGGACCCUUCGGUCAGGACAUCCGAUUGGACGAGAUCCCGGCGGAGUACCGCGCCGAGGCCGUCGACCGUAGGCAGGAGCUGGUGGAGUGCGUGGCCAACGUGGACGACACCCUGGGGGAGAUGUUCCUGGAGGAGAGGGUCCCCACCAUCCUGGACCUGAAGGCUGCGGUCCGCCGGGCCACAGUGCAGCGGCUCUUCAGCCCCGUGUUGGUGGGCACGGCCCUGAAGAACAAGGGCGUGCAGCCGCUGCUGGACGCGGCGCUGGACUACCUGCCCAACCCCACCGAGGUCAACAACUACGCCCUCCUGAACGACGAGGACUCCAAUGAAAGCACAAAGUUUCUGAUGGACCCGGCGAGAGACGGCUUAAAGUCCUUCGUUGGGCUGGCCUUCAAGCUAGAGGCCGGGCGCUUCGGUCAGCUGACGUACGUGCGCGUGUACCAGGGCUGUCUGAAGAAGUCUGAGUACAUCUACAACACCCGCACCGGGAAGAAGGUCCGGGUGCAGAGACUGGUCCGUCUCCAUGCCGACCAGCUGAUGGACGUGGAGGAGGUGUUUGCGGGGGACAUCUGUGCUCUGUUUGGGAUCGACUGUGCCAGCGGAGAUACCUUCUCCACCAAGACGUCCUCCAACCUCUCCAUGGAGUCCAUCCACAUCCCCGAGGCGGUCAUCUCCAUGUCCAUGAAGCCCGCAAACAAGAACGACUCGGACAAGUUCUCCAAAGGCAUCAACCGCUUCACGCGGGAAGACCCCACCUUCAGGGUGCACUACGACACCGAGAGCAAGGAGACCAUCAUCUCUGGGAUGGGAGAGCUGCACCUGGAGAUCUACUCCCAGAGGAUGGAGCGGGAGUACAACUGUGCCUGUGUGAUGGGGAAACCCAAGGUGGCCUUCAGAGAGACCGUCACCAACUCCGUACCGUUCGACUUCACCCAUAAGAAGCAGUCCGGGGGCUCGGGGCAGUACGGGAAGGUGAUCGGGGUCCUGGAGCCCCUGGACGCAGAGGCCUCCACCAAGGUGGAGUUUGAGGACCAGACCGUGGGGACCAACGUCCCCAAGCAGUUUGUCCCCGCCGUGGAGAAGGGCUUCAGGGAGGCCUGCGAGAAGGGGCCCCUGAGCGGACACAAGAUCUCGGGGGUCCGCUUCGUCCUGGAGGACGGGGCCAACCACAUGGUGGACUCCAACGAGAUCUCCUUCAUCCGCGCCGGCGAGGGCGCGCUCAAGCAAGCCAUGGAGAAGGCCAACACGGCCAUCCUGGAGCCCAUCAUGUCGGUGGAGAUCGUGGCCCCCGAGGAGUUCCAGGGGCAGGUCAUCGCCGGGGUCAACCGACGCCACGGCGUCAUCACCGGGCAGGACGGCGCCGAGGGAUACUUCACGCUGUACGCCGACGUUCCUCUCAACGACAUGUUCGGCUACGCCACAGAGCUGCGAUCCUGCACAGAGGGGAAAGGAGAGUACACCAUGGACUACAACCGAUACCAGCCCUGCCUGCCGGCCACGCAGGAGGAGCUGGUCCAUAAAUACCUGGAGAGCACGGGCCAGCUCCCCGUCAAGAAGAAGACAUGGAAGAACUGAGCGGGAGCUCGACUGCGUGGUUACUAGACACCGGACUCUGACACCACCUGUCUCACCCCCCCUUAACCAACCCACCCAACGCACCCUCCCCUUAACCAGCCCUUCACCAGCCCUUCAACACCCUCCCUUCCUCCUGCUCCCCCACGGCUUUGACUCGGAUGAGUCACUCACAUUGUACAUAUUUCAUCAGUUACUUUGUCGUUCUCCUCCCUCCCGUUUUUCUUUGUAGCAGAGCGGUUGGUUAGUUAACGGUUAGUUACCUGGUCUGGCGUCCGACGGGACGGUGGACGUGAAUAUUUGAAGCCGAGCGUCUGAUCGGACCGUGCAGCGGCAGGUUGUGUACUAUGUACAGAAUGUUCUUGAGAAGGAGUGGAUACCAAAAUAAAACCUUUUACGUUGUC